GCUAACCUCGUUGUCAAUUUUCCUUACAGGCUAAGGAGGUGGGAAGGAGAUUCCCGAAGAGUGAGAGGAAGAAGAGAAAGAGGAAAAGCAGAAGGAGGGGCGGGUUCCUGGCAAGGCUUUCGCUCCCAAAUAAGUUUCUGUAAAAGAUGGAGAAGGAAGAAGAGCCCACAAGGGAGCUGCUCUUGCCCAACUGGCAGGGCAGCGGUUCCCAUGGCCUAACCAUUGAGCAGACAGAUGAUGGUGUCUUUGUGCAGCAAGUCAUGCAGAAUUCCCCUGCGGCACGCACUGGCGUGGUCAAGGAGGGGGACCAGAUUGUGGGGGCCACCAUCUACUUUGACAAUCUGCAAUCGGGUGAGGUGACACAGCUUCUGAAUACCAUGGGGCACCACACAGUGGGCCUGAAGCUGCACCGCAAGGGAGACCGCUCCCCGGAGCCCGGUCAGACCUGGUCCCACGACAGCGCCUUCGGACGGUGUUCUGAGGUAGUGCUGAGCGGGGAUGAUGAGGAAUACCAGCGGAUCUACACCACAAAGAUCAAGCCACGGCUGAAGUCGGAGGACGGGCUGGAAGGGGUCGAGCUUGGGGAGACCCAGAGCCGCACCAUCACGGUGACCAGAAAGGUCACGGCCUACACGGUGGACGUGACGGGCCGAGAGGGGGCCAGGGAGAUCGACAUCAACAGCCCCGAAUUCAAGAUCAAGAUUCCAAAGCACGAGCUGACGGAGCUCUCCAAGGUGGACGUGGAAACCGUCCACGGGAAGACGGUCAUUCGAUUGCCACAAAGCCCCGGGGCCACCGUUCAGACCACAGGCUAUAGUGUUGACUUUAAGGCAACUGGACCGGAGCUCCAAGGGCCGGGAGCGGCUGGGGCCGGCCACUCCAAGGUGCAGGUCACCGCGCCGGGGAUCCAAGUGGAAGGCCUGGCGGCCGGCGGUGUCGGUAAGGGCCUGAAGGUAGAAGGAAAGCCGGAAGUCUCUGUUCAUACCAAAGGCUCUGCUUCUGUUGACUUGGGAAGCAAAGGAGGAGCCGGGGCUGGCUCUGGGAUCCGGGUUCCCGGAAUCGAUGCUUCGGCUUCGCUGGGAGGCGGGACUGUCGACCUCCAGCGCCCAUCCAUUGAUAACAUCACCAUUCCCAUCAUGAAGCUACCCAAAUUUGGCUUCUCGGGAGCGGGGCCUGAGGUCCAGGGCCCAGAGGUCGGCCUGGGUGUUUGCUCCCCAGGCGUCUCUGUGGGGCCCGGGGGCGCCGGCUCGGGCGUGGCAGUGAGCGGGAGUAUCCAGGGGCCGAAGCUGGAAGUCACGGCUCCGUCCGUCCAUGUUGAGGGAGUCGAAGGAAAGCUGAAGGGUCCCACGAUCACAACCCCGACUUUGGGGGGUGACUUCGGUCCCAAAGGCGCCACACUUCCAGGGGCUGGAGGUUUGGACGUCUCGGUAUCCAAGGGGCAGGUCGGUGUCAAAGGCCCUGCUGUGGAACUUGGAGCUCCGGAAAUCGACCUUCAUGGCGUGAGUGGAAAACUGAAAAUGCCCCAGAUGAAAGUCCCCAAGUUUUCUGUGUCUGGUUCCAAAGGGGAAGGAGUGGCUGUGGAUGUAAAACUGCCCGAGGGAGAAGUGAACCUGCCCACUGUCACUGGCAACGUCAGCCUGCCGGAGGUGGCCGUCGGUGGGCCAGAAGGCAAAAUCAAAGACCUUAAAGUCAAGAGCCCAGAGAUGAUCAUUCAGAAACCUAAAAUCUCCAUGCAGGAUGUAGACCUAAGCCUUGGGUCCCCCAAAUUGAAAGGGGAUAUAAAGGUUUCAGGUCCAGGAAUACAAGGGGACGUAAAAGGUCCUCAGAUAGUCAUGAAAGAACCCACAGUGGACAUCAAGGCACCCGGCCUGGAGGGAUCCCUGACCGGGCCCAAGGUUGGCAUCCCAUCUGGGAAAACGGGGGCCUGCAAAAUCAGUAUGACUGACGUUGAUUUGAACGUAGCUGCCCCCAAGAUAAAGGGUCAGGUGGACCUCCCAAAGAUCGAAGGGCAAGUCAAAGGCCCUGAGAUGGACAUCAAAGGCCCCAAAGUGGAGGUUGCUGCUCCGGAUGUGGACGUCCACGGACCCGAGUGGCACCUGAAGAUGCCCAAGAUGAAGAUGCCCAAGUUUAGCGUGCCGGGGAUCAAGGGGGAAGGGCCAGAGGUCAAGGGAGACAUCAGCGUUUCAGGGCCCAGUAUUGACAUUGCAGCCCCACAGGUCAACCUCGAAGGCCCAGAGGGAAAACUGAAAGGGCCUGGCAUCAAAGCGCCGGAGGUGAAUAUCAAAACCCCGAAGAUCUCCAUGCCCGAUGUCGAUCUCAACCUGAAAGGCACAAAGGUGAAGGGAGAAUAUGAUGUCACGGUUCCAAAGCUGGAAGGGGACCUGAAGGGUCCCAAGGUGGACGUCAGCGCCCCAGAUGUGGAGCUUCACGGUCCCGAGUGGAACCUCAAGAUGCCCAAGAUGAAGAUGCCCAAGUUCAGCAUGCCGGGGUUCAAGGGCGAGGGCCCGGAGGUGGACGUGAGCCUGCCCAAAGCAGACAUCGAUGUUUCCGGGCCCAAAGUGGACAUUGAAGGUCCAGAUGUGAACGUGGAGGUCCCCGAAGGGAAAGUCAAGGGUCCCAAGUUUAAGAUGCCUGAGAUGAACAUCAAGACCCCAAAGAUUUCCAUGCCAGACUUCCAUUUGAAGGGCCCCAAGGUGAAGGGAGAAUAUGAUGUGACCCCUCCCAAAGUAGAAGGUGAAGUCAAAGUCCCAGAUGUGGAGCUAAAAGGGGCCAAAAUGGACAUCAGUGCCCCAGAUGUGGAGCUCCAUGGGCCCGAGUGGAACCUCAAGAUGCCCAAGGUGAAGAUGCCCAAGUUCAGCAUGCCGGGGUUCAAAGGGGAGGGUCCAGGGGUCGAUGUGAGCCUGCCCAAAGCCGAGGUUGAUGUUUCUGGGCCCAAGGUGGACAAUGAUGUUCCAGAUGUGAAUAUUGAAGGGCCAGAAGGGAAAGUCAAAGGUCCUAAAUUUAAGAUGCCGGAGAUGAACAUCAAGGCCCCCAAGAUUUCUAUGCCAGAUAUGGAUUUGCAUUUGAAAGGACCCAAAGUGAAGGGGGAAUAUGAUGUUUCAGUUCCCAAACUGGAAGGGGACCUGAAAGGCCCCAAAGUGGACAUCAGCGCCCCAGACGUGGACGUCCAUGGGCCCGAGUGGAACCUCAAGAUGCCCAAGGUGAAGAUGCCCAAGUUCAGCAUGCCGGGGUUCAAGGGAGAGGGUCCAGACGUGGACGUGAGCCUGCCCAAAGCAGAUGUUGACAUUUCUGGGCCCAAGGUGGGCAUUGAUGUUCCAGAUGUGGACAUUGAAGGGCCAGAUGCCAAACUGAAGGGCCCCAAGUUCAAGAUGCCCGACAUGCACUUCAAGGCCCCCAAGAUCUCCAUGCCAGAUGUUGACCUGCAUUUGAAAGGCCCCAAAUUGAAGGGGGAUGUGGAUGUGUCUGUGCCCAAGAUCGAAGGUGAUGUGAAGGUUCCUGAUGUGGACAUCAAAGGCCCCAAAGUGGACGUCAGCGCCCCAGAUGUGGACGUCCAUGGGCCCGAGUGGAACCUGAAGAUGCCCAAGAUGAAAAUGCCCAAGUUCAGCAUGCCGGGGUUCAAGGGAGAAGGUCCAGAUGUGGAUGUGAGCCUGCCCAAAGCAGAUGUUGACAUUUCAGGGCCCAAGGUGGACAUUGAUGUUCCAGAUGUGAACAUAGAAGGCCCAGAAGGGAAACUGAAGGGCCCCAAGUUCAAAAUGCCCGACAUGCACUUCAAGGCCCCCAAGAUAUCCAUGCCAGAUGUUGACCUGCAUUUGAGAGGUCCCAAAGUGAAGGGAGACAUGGAUGUUGAUGUGUCUGUGCCCAAGUUAGAAGGUGACGUGAAGGUUCCUGAUGUGGACAUUAAGGGGCCCAAGUUGGACGUCAGUGCCCCAGAUGUGGACGUCCAUGGGCCCGAGUGGAACUUGAAGAUGCCCAAGAUGAAGAUGCCCAAGUUCAGCAUGCCAGGGUUCAAGGGGGAAGGUCCAGAUGUGGACGUGAGCCUGCCCAAAGCAGACGUCGACAUCUCAGGCCCCAAGGUGAACAUUGAUGUUCCAGAUGUGAACAUAGAAGGCCCAGAAGGGAAACUGAAGGGCCCCAAGUUCAAAAUGCCCGACAUGCACUUCAAGGCCCCCAAGAUCUCCAUGCCAGAUGUUGACCUGCAUUUGAGAGGUCCCAAAGUGAAGGGAGACAUGGAUGUCGAUGUGUCUGUGCCCAAGUUAGAAGGUGACGUGAAGGUUCCUGAUGUGGACAUUAAGGGGCCCAAGUUGGACGUCAGUGCCCCAGAUGUGGACGUCCAUGGGCCCGAGUGGAACCUGAAGAUGCCCAAGAUGAAGAUGCCCAAGUUCAGCAUGCCAGGGUUCAAGGGGGAAGGUCCAGAUGUGGACGUGAGCCUGCCCAAAGCAGACGUCGACAUCUCAGGCCCCAAGGUGAACAUUGAUGUUCCAGAUGUGGACAUUGAGGGCCCAGAAGGGAAGCUGAAGGGCCCCAAGUUCAAGAUGCCCGACAUGCACUUCAAGGCCCCGAAGAUCUCUAUGCCAGAUGUUGACCUGAAUCUCAAAGGCCCCAAACUCAAAGGGGAUGUGGAUGUGUCUGUGCCCAAGAUUGAAGGUGAUGUGAAAGUUCCUGAUGUGGACAUCAAAGGCCCCAAAGUAGACGUCAGUGCCCCAGAUGUGGAUGUCCACGGGCCGGAGUGGAACCUCAAGAUGCCCAAGAUGAAAAUGCCCAAGUUCAGCAUGCCGGGGUUCAAGGGCGAGGGCCCAGAAGUGGACGUGAGCCUGCCUAAAGCAGAUGUUGACAUUUCAGGGCCCAAGGUGGACAUUGAUGUUCCAGAUGUGAAUAUUGAAGGCCCAGACGGGAAACUGAAGGGCCCCAAGUUCAAAAUGCCUGACAUGCAUUUCAAGGCCCCCAAGAUAUCCAUGCCAGAUGUUGACCUGCAUUUGAGAGGUCCCAAAGUGAAGGGAGACAUGGAUGUUGAUGUGUCUGUGCCCAAGUUAGAAGGUGACGUGAAGGUUCCUGAUGUGAACAUCAAGGGCCCCAAAGUGGACGUCAGCGCCCCAGAUGUGGACGUCCACGGGCCCGAGUGGAACCUCAAGAUGCCCAAGGUGAAGAUGCCCAAGUUCAGCAUGCCGGGGUUCAAGGGCGAGGGCCCGGAAGUGGACGUGAGCCUGCCCAAAGCAGACGUUGACAUUUCAGGACCUAAGGUGGACAUUAAAGCACCAGAUGUGAACAUUGAAGGGCCAGAUGCAAAAUUCAAAAGUCCCAAAUUCAAGCUGCCCGAGAUGAACAUAAAGCCCCAGAAGAUCUCCAUGCCAGAUGUCGGCUUGCAUUUGAAAGGUCCCAAGGUGAAGGGAGACUAUGAUGUCACAGUUCCAAAGAUACAAGGUGACUUGGAGGUGCCAGAUGUGGAAUUAAAAGGCCCCAAAGUGGACGUCAGUGCCCCAGAUGUGGACGUCCAUGGGCCAGACUGGCAUUUGAAGAUGCCCAAGGUGAAGAUGCCCAAGUUCAGCAUGCCGGGGUUCAAGGGAGAAGGCCCGGAGGUGGACGUGAACCUGCCCAAAGGAGACAUCAAUAUCUCAGGCCCCAAGGUGGACAUCGAGGCUCCUGAUGUGAAUCUAGAGGGCCCUGAGGGGAAGAUCAAAGGCCCCAAGUUCAAGAUGCCCAGCAUGAACAUCCAGACGCAUAAAAUCUCCAUGCCUGAUGUUGGACUCAAUUUGAAAUCCCCUAAAUUAAAGGGUGACCUGGAUGUUUCUCUCCCCAAAGUAGAAGGAGACCUGACAGGACCUAAAGUGGACUUAAAAGCUCCCAAGGUGGAUGUGGACAUUGGGGAUGUUGAUCUCGAAGGCCCAGAAGGAAAGAUCAAAGGCCCCAAGUUCAAGAUGCCCGACAUGCACUUCAAGGCCCCCAAGAUCUCCAUGCCAGAUGUGGACUUGCAUUUGAAAGGCCCCAAACUGAAGGGGGAUGUGGAUGUGUCUGUGCCCAAGAUCGAAGGUGAUGUGAAGGUUCCUGAUGUGGAUAUUAAGGGGCCCAAGUUGGACAUCGAGGCCCCAGAUGUGGACGUCCAUGGGCCCGAGUGGAACCUCAAGAUGCCCAAGAUGAAGAUGCCCAAGUUCAGCAUGCCGGGGUUCAAGGGGGAGGGUCCGGAUGUGGACGUGAGCCUGCCCAAAGCAGAUAUUGACAUUUCUGGGCCCAAGGUGGACAUUGAGGCUCCAGAUGUGGACAUCGAGGGGCCAGAAGGGAAACUGAAGGGCCCCAAGUUCAAGAUGCCCAAACUGAACAUCAAAGCUCCGAAAAUAUCCAUGCCUGAUGUGGACCUGAAUUUAAAAGCCCCCAAAUUGAAGGGGGAGAUGGAUGUGUCUGCUCCCAACCUGGAAGGAGAUUUGAAAGGUCCUCAAGUUAAUAUCAGAGGUCCCAAUGUGGACAUCGAGGGACCUGAUGUCGACCUGGAGUGCCCGGAUGCCAAACUGAAGGGCCCCAAGUUUAAGAUGCCCGACAUGCACUUCAAGGCCCCCAAGAUCUCCAUGCCCGAUGUGGACUUGCAUUUGAAAGGCCCCAAAUUGAAGGGGGAUGUCGAUGUGUCUGUGCCCAAGUUGGAGGGAGAUCUCAAGGGUCCCAAGGUGGAUGUCGAGGUGCCCGAUGUGGACUUGGAGUGCCCGGAUGCCAAAUUGAAGGGCCCCAAGUUCAAGAUGCCCGACAUGCACUUCAAGGCCCCCAAGAUCUCCAUGCCAGAUGUUGACCUGCAUUUGAGAGGUCCCAAAGUGAAGGGAGAUAUGGACGUGGAUGUGUCUGUGCCCAAGAUAGAAGGUGAUGUGAAGGUUCCUGAUGUGGACAUUAAGGGGCCCAAGUUGGACGUCAGCGCCCCAGAUGUGGACGUCCACGGGCCCGAGUGGAACUUGAAGAUGCCCAAGAUGAAGAUGCCCAAGUUCAGCAUGCCGGGGUUCAAGGGAGAGGGUCCAGAAGUGGACAUGAGCCUGCCCAAAGCAGAUGUUGACAUUUCUGGGCCCAAGGUGGACAUUAAAGCACCAGAUGUGAACAUUGAAGGGCCAGAAGGGAAGCUGAAAGGCCCCAAGUUCAAAAUGCCCGACAUGCACUUCAAGGCCCCCAAGAUCUCCAUGCCCGAUGUGGACUUGCAUUUGAAAGGCCCCAAAUUGAAGGGGGAUGUCGAUGUGUCUGUGCCCAAGUUGGAGGGAGAUCUCAAGGGCCCCAAGGUGGAUGUCGAGGGGCCUGAUGUGGACUUGGAGUGCCCGGAUGCCAAACUGAAGGGCCCCAAGUUCAAGAUGCCUGACAUGCACUUCAAGGCCCCCAAGAUCUCCAUGCCAGAUGUUGACCUGCAUUUGAGAGGUCCCAAAGUGAAGGGAGACAUGGAUGUCGAUGUGUCUGUGCCCAAGUUAGAAGGUGACGUGAAGGUUCCUGAUGUGGACAUUAAGGGGCCCAAGUUGGACGUCAGCGCCCCAGAUGUGGACGUCCACGGGCCCGAGUGGAACUUGAAGAUGCCCAAGAUGAAGAUGCCCAAGUUCAGCAUGCCGGGGUUCAAGGGAGAGGGUCCAGACAUGGACGUGAGCCUGCCCAAAGCAGACGUUGACAUUUCUGGGCCCAAGGUGGACAUUGAUGUUCCAGAUGUGGACUUAGAGUGCCCAGAUGCCAAACUGAAGGGCCCCAAGUUCAAGAUGCCCGACAUGCACUUCAAGGCCCCUAAGAUCUCCAUGCCCGAUGUGGACUUGCAUUUGAAAGGCCCCAAAUUGAAGGGGGAUGUCGAUGUGUCUGUGCCCAAAUUGGAGGGAGAUCUCAAGGGCCCCAAGGUGGAUGUCGAGGUACCCGAUGUGGACUUGGAGUGCCCGGAUGCCAAACUGAAGGGCCCCAAGUUCAAGAUGCCCGACAUGCACUUCAAGGCCCCCAAGAUCUCCAUGCCAGAUGUGGAUUUCAACUUGAAGGGCCCUAAGAUCAAAGGAGAUGUGGAUGUCUCUGCUCCCAAAAUAGAAGGCCCAGAAUUGGAUGUUAAAGGGCCCAAAUUGGAUGUUGAUAUGCCAGAUGUGAAUAUCGAAGGACCUGAAGGCAAGUGGAAAAGUCCAAAAUUUAAGAUGCCCGACAUGCACUUCAAGGCCCCCAAGAUCUCCAUGCCAGAUGUGGACUUGCAUUUGAAAGGUCCCAAAAUGAAGGGAGAUAUGGAUGUGGAUGUGUCUGUGCCCAAGAUAGAAGGUGAAGUGAAGGUUCCAGAUGUUGACCUCAAGGGCCCCAAAGUGGACGUCAGCGUCCCAGAUGUGGACGUCCAUGGGCCCGAGUGGAAUCUAAAGAUGCCCAAGAUGAAGAUGCCCAAGUUCAGCAUGCCAGGGUUCAAGGGGGAGGGCCCGGAGGUGGAUGUGAGCCUGCCCAAAGCAGACGUCGACAUCUCAGGCCCCAAGGUGGACAUUGAUGUUCCAGAUGUAAACCUAGAGGGCCCCGAGGGGAAGAUCAAAGGCCCCAAGUUCAAAAUGCCCGAGAUGAACAUCAAGGCCCCCAAGAUCUCCAUGCCUGAUUUUGACUUGCAUCUGAAAGGCCCCAAAGUGAAGGGAGAUGUGGAUGUGUCUGUUCCUAAAAUAGAAGGUGAAGUGAAAGUUCCAGAUGUGGACAUCAAAGGCCCCAAGGUGGACGUCAGUGCCCCAGAUGUGGAUGUCCACGGACCAGACUGGCAUUUGAAAAUGCCCAAGAUGAAGAUGCCCAAGUUCAGCAUGCCGGGGUUCAAGGGGGAGGGUCCCGAUGUGGACGUGAGCCUGCCCAAAGCAGACAUCGACAUCUCAGGCCCCAAGGUGGACAUUGAUGUUCCAGAUGUGGACAUUGAAGGGCCAGAAGGGAAAGUGAAGGGCCCCAAGUUCAAGAUGCCCGACAUGCACUUCAAGGCUCCAAAGGUUUCCAUGCCAGACAUUGAUUUACACUUGAAAGCUCCUAAGUUAAAGGGAGAUGUUGAUGUGUCUCUUCCAAAGGUGGAAGGAAAUUUGAAAGGACCAGAGUUUGAUAUCAAAGGCCCUAAAUUGGAUGUAGAAGCUCCAGAUGUUGAUAUCCAUGGGCCAGAAGGGAAACUGAAGAUGCCUAAAUUAAAGAUGCCCAAGUUCAGCAUGCCAGGGUUCAAGGGGGAGGGCCCAGAGGUGGACGUGAACCUGCCCAAAGCAGACAUCGACAUCUCAGGCCCCAAGGUGGACAUCGAUGUUCCAGAUGUGAGCCUUGAGGGCCCUGAUGGGAAGAUCAAGGGUCCCAAGUUUAAAAUGCCCGAAAUGCACAUCAAAGCUCCAAAGAUUUCUAUGCCCGACGUGGACCUGAACCUGAAGGGGCCAAAGCUGAAGGGAGAUGUGGAUGUGUCCCUUCCCAAGGUGGAAGGAGAUCUGAAAGGCCCCGAGCUCGACAUCAAGGGUCCCAAAGUGGACGUCAGUGUCCCAGAUGUGGAUGUCCAUGGGCCAGACUGGCAUUUGAAGAUGCCCAAGGUGAAGAUGCCCAAGUUCAGCAUGCCGGGGUUCAAGGGAGAGGGCCCGGAGGUGGACGUGAACCUGCCCAAAGCAGACAUCGACAUCUCAGGCCCCAAGGUGGACAUCGAGGCUCCUGAUGUGAAUAUCGAAGGGCCAGAAGGGAAGUGGAAAAGUCCCAAGUUUAAGAUGCCUGACCUACCUUUUAAAACUCCAAAGAUCUCAAUGCCAGAAAUUGACCUGAAUCUGAAGGGUCCCAAAGUAAAAGGAGACAUGGACGUUUCAGUCCCUAAGUUGGAAGGGGACAUCAAAGGCCCUGAACUUGACAUCAAGGGUCCCAAAGUGGAUGUCAGCGCCCCAGAUGUGGAUGUCCAUGGGCCAGAUUGGAACCUGAAGAUGCCCAAGAUGAAGAUGCCCAAGUUCAGCAUGCCAGGGUUCAAGGGCGAGGGCCCGGAGGUGGACGUGAGCCUGCCCAAAGCAGACAUCGACAUCUCAGGCCCCAAGGUGGACAUUGAGGCCCCUGACCUAAGUAUCGAAGGUCCCGAAGGGAAACUGAAGGGCCCCAAAUUCAAGAUGCCCGAGAUGAACAUCAAGGCCCCCAAGAUCUCCAUGCCCGAUUUUGACUUGCAUCUGAAAGGCCCCAAAGUGAAGGGAGACGUGGAUGUGUCCCUUCCCAAGGUGGAAGGGGACCUGAAAGGCCCCGAGCUCGACAUCAAGGGCCCCAAAGUGGACGUCAGUGCCCCAGAUGUGGAUGUCCACGGGCCAGACUGGAACCUGAAAAUGCCCAAGGUGAAGAUGCCCAAGUUCAGCAUGCCAGGGUUCAAGGGAGAGGGCCCAGAGGUAGACGUGAACCUGCCCAAAGCAGACAUUGACAUCUCAGGCCCCAAGGUGGACAUCGAGGCCCCUGACCUAAGUAUCGAAGGUCCCGAAGGGAAACUGAAGGGCUCCAAAUUCAAGAUGCCCGAGAUGAACAUCAAGGCCCCCAAGAUCUCCAUGCCCGAUUUUGACUUGCAUCUGAAAGGUCCCAAGGUGAAGGGAGACGUGGAUGUGUCUGUGCCCAAGAUAGAAGGUGAAGUGAAAGUUCCAGAUGUGGACAUCAAAGGGCCCAAAGUGGACAUUGAAGCUCCAGAUGUGGACGUCCAUGGCCCAGAGUGGAAUCUAAAGAUGCCCAAGAUGAAGAUGCCCAAGUUCAGCAUGCCAGGGUUCAAGGGGGAGGGCCCGGAGGUGGACGUGAGCCUGCCCAAAGCAGACGUCGACAUCUCAGGCCCCAAAUUGGACAUUGAGGCCCCUGACAUUAACAUUGAGGGUCCAGAUGCAAAAGUGAAAGGCCCCAAAUUUAAAAUGCCCGAGAUGAAUAUUAAGGCUCCGAAGAUCUCAAUGCCAGACUUGGAUCUCAAUCUCAAGGGUCCAAAAAUAAAAGGCGAUGUCGAUGUGACCCUUCCAAAAGUAGAGGGUGACUUGAAAGGGCCAUCUCUUGACCUCAAAGGCCCCAAGCUGGACAUCGAUGCCCCAGAUAUUGACAUCCAUGGCAAAAGCCCCAAACUCAAAAUGCCCGACAUGCAUCUUCCCAAGUUUCACUUCUCAGGCCCCAAAGUGCAAACCCCAGAGGUGGAUGCCAAACUCAAAAAGCCCGAGGUCGACAUUACGGGCCCCAAGGUGGAUAUCAAUGCCCCCGAUGUGGAGGUGCAGGGCAAAGCAAAAGGCCCGAAGUUCAAAAUGCCCUUCCUGAGCAUUUCCUCGCCCAAGGUCUCUAUGCCUGAUGUAGAAUUAAACCUGAAAAGCCCCAAAGUGAAGGGAGACCUGGAUGUAGCAGGCCCAACCUUGGAAGGCGAUCUGAAAGGUCCUAAAAUAGAUCUCAAGGCACCAGACGUUCAUCUUGAAGCACCUGAUGUGGACGUCCACGGGCCAGACUUUAAUGUGAAGGUGCCCAAGAUGAAGAUGCCCAAGUUCAGCAUGCCAGGGUUCAAGGGAGAGGGCCCGGAGGUUGACGUGAGCCUGCCCAAAGCAGACAUCGACAUCUCAGGCCCCAAGGUGGACAUCGAGGUUCCUGAUGUGAAUAUUGAAGGGCCAGAAGGGAAGAUCAAAGGCCCCAAGUUCAAGAUGCCCGAGAUGAACAUCAAGGCCCCCAAGAUCUCCAUGCCCGACUUUGACUUACAUCUGAAAGGCCCCAAAGUGAAGGGAGACGUGGAUGUUUCCCUGCCCAAAGUGGAAGGUGACCUAAAGGGCCCUGAGAUAGAUAUCAAAGGCCCCAAAGUGGACGUCGAUGUUCCAGAUGUGGACAUUGAGGGCCCAGAAGGGAAACUGAAGGGCCCCAAGUUCAAGAUGCCCGACAUGCACAUCAAGGCCCCCAAGAUCUCCAUGCCCGAUUUUGAUCUGAACCUGAAGGGGCCAAAGUUGAAGGGAGACGUGGAUGUGUCCCUUCCCAAGGUGGAAGGGGACCUGAAAGGCCCCAAGCUCGACAUCAAGGGCCCCAAAGUGGACAUCAGUGCCCCAGAUGUGGACGUCCACGGGCCAGACUGGAACCUGAAGAUGCCCAAGGUGAAGAUGCCCAAGUUCAGCAUGCCGGGGUUCAAGGGUGAGGGCCCAGAGAUGGACAUGAACCUGCCCAAAGCAGACAUUGACAUCUCAGGCCCCAAGGUGGACAUCGAGGCCCCUGACCUAAGUAUCGAAGGUCCUGAAGGGAAACUGAAGGGCCCCAAAUUCAAGAUGCCCGAGAUGAACAUCAAGGCCCCCAAGAUCUCCAUGCCCGAUUUUGACUUGCAUCUGAAAGGCCCCAAAGUGAAGGGAGACAUGGAUGUGUCUGUGCCCAAGAUAGAAGGUGAAGUGAAAGUUCCAGAUGUGGACAUCAAAGGCCCCAAAGUGGACAUUGAGGCUCCAGAUGUGGACGUCCAUGGCCCAGACUGGAACCUGAAAAUGCCCAAGAUGAAGCUCCCCAAGUUCAGCAUGCCGGGGUUCAAGGGCGAGGGCCCAGAGGUGGACGUGAGCCUGCCCAAAGCAGACAUCGAUAUCUCUGGACCUAAAGUGGACAUUGAGGCCCCUAACUUGGAAAUUGAAGGUCCAGAUGGGAAAAUAAAAGGGCCCAAGUUUAAAAUGCCUGACAUGCACAUCAAGGCCCCCAAGAUCUCUAUGCCUGACAUUGACUUGAACCUGAAGGGCCCCAAGAUGAAGGGAGACAUUGAUGUGUCUCUUCCCAAAGUGGAAGGUGAUCUGAAAGGGCCUCAAGUGGAUAUCAAAGGCCCCAAAUUGGACAUAGAUACACCUGACCUUGACAUUCACGGCCCAGAAGGAAAGCUGAAGGGCCCCAAAUUCAAAAUGCCUGACCUGCAUCUCAAGGCCCCCAAAAUCUCUAUGCCUGAUGUGGACCUGAACCUGAAGGGCCCCAAGCUCCAGGGGGAUGUGGAUGUGUCCCUUCCCAAGGUAGAGGGGGAUCUGAAAGGCCCUGAUCUUGACAUCAAGGGCCCCAAAGUGGACGUCAGCGCCCCAGAUGUGGACGUCCAUGGGCCAGACUGGAACCUGAAAAUGCCCAAGAUAAAGAUGCCCAAGUUCAGCAUGCCGGGAUUCAAGGGAGAGGGCCCGGAGGUUGACGUGAGCCUGCCCAAAGCAGACAUCGACAUCUCAGGCCCCAAGGUGGACAUCGAGGCUCCUGAUGUGAAUAUUGAAGGGCCAGAAGGGAAGAUCAAAGGCCCCAAGUUCAAGAUGCCUGAGAUGAACAUCAAGGCCCCCAAGAUCUCCAUGCCCGACUUUGACUUACAUCUGAAAGGCCCCAAAGUGAAAGGAGAUGUGGAUGUUUCCCUGCCCAAAGUGGAAGGUGACCUAAAGGGCCCUGAGGUAGAUAUCAAAGGCCCCAAAGUGGACAUCGAUGCCCCAGACGUGGACAUCCAUGGGCCAGAUUGGAACCUGAAAAUGCCCAAAGUGAAGAUGCCCAAGUUCAACAUGCCAGGGUUCAAGGGGGAAGGUCCCGAUGUGGACGUGAACCUGCCCAAAGCAGACGUCGACAUCUCAGGCCCCAAGGUGGACAUUGAUGUUCCAGAUGUGGACAUUGAGGGUCCAGAAGGGAAACUGAAGGGCCCCAAGUUCAAGAUGCCCGACAUGCACAUCAAGGCCCCCAAGAUCUCCAUGCCCAAUAUUGAUCUGAACCUGAAGGGGCCAAAACUGAAGGGAGAUGUGGAUGUGUCCCUUCCCAAGGUGGAAGGGGACCUGAAAGGCCCCGAGCUUGACAUCAAGGGCCCCAAAGUGGACAUUGAUGUUCCAGAUGUGAAUAUUGAAGGCCCAGAAGGAAAACUGAAGGGCCCCAAGUUCAAGAUGCCCGACAUGCAUAUCAAGGCCCCCAAGAUCUCCAUGCCUGACUUUGACUUGAACCUGAAAGGCCCUAAGCUGAAGGGAGAUGUGGAUGUUUCUCUUCCCAAGAUGGAGGGAGAUCUCAAGGGGCCUCAAGUGGAUCUCAAAGGUCCUGAGCUGGGCUUUGAGGGUCCUGAAGGGAAACUGAAAGGUCCUAAAUUCCACAUGCCUGAUGUACAUUUCAAGACCCCCCAGAUUUCCAUGAAUGAAAUUGACUUGAACCUGAAGGGCCCCAAGAUGAAGGGAGACAUUGAUGUGUCUCUUCCCAAAGUGGAAGGUGAUCUGAAAGGGCCUCAAGUGGAUAUCAAAGGCCCCAAAUUGGACAUAGAUACACCUGACCUUGACAUUCACGGCCCAGAAGGAAAGCUGAAGGGCCCCAAAUUCAAAAUGCCUGACCUGCAUCUCAAGGCCCCCAAAAUCUCUAUGCCUGAUGUGGACCUGAACCUGAAGGGCCCCAAGCUCCAGGGGGAUGUGGAUGUGUCCCUUCCCAAGGUAGAGGGGGAUCUGAAAGGCCCUGAUCUUGACAUCAAGGGCCCCAAAGUGGACGUCAGCGCCCCAGAUGUGGACGUCCACGGGCCAGACUGGAACCUGAAAAUGCCCAAAGUGAAGAUGCCCAAGUUCAGCAUGCCAGGGUUCAAGGGAGAGGGCCCGGAGGUUGACGUGAGCCUGCCCAAAGCAGACAUCGACAUCUCAGGCCCCAAGGUGGACAUCGAGGCUCCUGAUGUGAAUAUUGAAGGGCCAGAAGGGAAGAUCAAAGGCCCCAAGUUCAAGAUGCCUGAGAUGAACAUCAAGGCCCCCAAGAUCUCCAUGCCCGACUUUGACUUACAUCUGAAAGGCCCCAAAGUGAAGGGAGACGUGGAUGUUUCCCUGCCCAAAGUGGAAGGUGACCUAAAGGGCCCUGAGAUAGAUAUCAAAGGCCCCAAAGUGGACGUCGAUGUUCCAGAUGUGGACAUUGAGGGCCCAGAAGGGAAACUGAAGGGCCCCAAGUUCAAGAUGCCCGACAUGCACAUCAAGGCCCCCAAGAUCUCCAUGCCCGAUUUUGAUCUGAACCUGAAGGGGCCAAAGCUGAAGGGAGACGUGGAUGUGUCCCUUCCCAAGGUGGAAGGGGACCUGAAAGGCCCCGAGCUCGACAUCAAGGGCCCCAAAGUGGACGUCAGUGCCCCAGAUGUGGACGUCCACGGGCCAGACUGGAACCUGAAGAUGCCCAAGGUGAAGAUGCCCAAGUUCAGCAUGCCGGGGUUCAAGGGUGAGGGCCCGGAGGUGGACGUGAGCCUGCCCAAAGCAGACAUCGACAUUUCAGACCCCAAGGUGGACAUUGAGGCCCCUGACCUAAGUAUCGAAGGUCCCGAAGGGAAACUGAAGGGCCCCAAAUUCAAGAUGCCCGAGAUGAACAUCAAGGCCCCCAAGAUCUCCAUGCCUGAUAUUGACUUGAAUUUGAAAGGGCCCAAAGUGAAGGGAGAUUUUGAUGUGUCCAUCCCUAAAGUUGAAGGUAAUCUGAAGGGUCCCGAAGUUGGCUUCCAGGGUCCCAGUUUGGAUCUCCAUGGCCCAGAUGCCAAAUUAAGUGGUCCAAACUUGAAAAUGCCAUCACUAGACAUUUCUGGGCCCAAAGUAUCUGCUCCCGAUGUCGACUUACAUCUCAAGUCCCCCAAGUUUGGCGUUUCUGGUCCCAAGAUAGAAGGUGGCGAAUUCGACCUGAAGGGCCCCAAGGUGGAUUUGCAAGCACCCAGUUUGGAUAUUGAGGGCCCAGAUCUGAACGUUGAGGGGCCGGAUGUGAAAAUCCCAAAAUUUAAGAAACCUAAAUUUGGCUUUGGGGCUAAAAGCCCAAAGGCUGACAUCAAAUCCCCUUCAUUAGACGUCAGCGUUCCAGAAGCAGAGCUGAAUGUCGAAACUCCAGAUGUCAACGUUAGUGGGAAGGGCAAGAAAAUGAAGUUUAAAAUGCCCAAGAUCCAUAUGAGUGGCCCUAAGAUCAAGGCCAAAAAACAGGGAAUUGAUCUGAACGCCCCCGAGGGUGAAAUCGAUGCCAGUCUCAAAACUCCAGACUUGGAUGUCAAUGUGGCAGCCCCAGAUGCUUCUCUGAAAGUGGACGUGAAAUCUCCCAAAACCAAGAAGCCGAUGUUUGGAAAAAUGUACUUCCCUGACGUGGAAUUUGAUAUCAAAUCUCCCAAAUUCAAAGCAGAGGCCCCCCUUCCCAGCCCCAAACUGGAAGGGGAAAUCCAAACACCUGGCUUGGAAAUUUCAUCUCCAGGAAUCAAAGCUGGGCUCAAGGGGCCCGGGCUGGAGGUCGGGUCCGUUGGCCUCAGCGGGAGCCUCCCCAGUGGCACCGUGGAAGGGCCUGACGUCCAUCUGAAGGCGCCCAAGUUCAAAGGCCCAGGCGGGAGUGUCGAUUUCUCGGGGCCAAAGCUCGAGGGAGACCUGAAACUGCCCGGUGUUCAAGGCAACCUGGACGCCUCUGACAUCAACAUCGAAGUCCCCGGUGCUAAAAUCAAAGCCCCCUCCUUUGGCAUCUCAUCUCCUCAAGUGUCUGUCCCUGAUGUAAACGUCAACUUGAAAGGACCAAAGAUAAAGGGUGAUGUCCCCAAAGUGGAUCUGGAAGGACCGGACAUCGAUCUGAAGGGUCCAGAUGCAAAAAUCCAGUUCCCCAAGUUCUCCUUGCCCAAGAUCGGAGUCCCCGGAGUGAAGGUGGAGGGCGGAGGAGCCGAUUUUCACGGCCAGCUUCCCUCUCUCGAGGGAGGAGUGAGUGCCCCUAACCUCAAGCUCGAGGGGCCAGAUGUGACUCUGAAGGGGGGCCUGCCGUCCGUGAACCUCUCUGGGCCGGACCUUGACUUAAAUUUGAAAGGACCAAAGCUGAAGGGCGAUCUGGAUGUUUCCGGAGGUGUCGCGGGUCCCAAGCUAAGUGUGGACACCCCGGGCCUUGACCUCAAAGGAGCUGGCGGGAAACUUUCGGCAGAGGGAGGAGUGAAAGUCCCUGGCAUCAACCUCAAUUUAGACGCCCCCAAAAUGCACGUCGGCGUGCCGGAUGUGAGUCUGAAGGGAGAUUUGGAUGUGGCCGGUGACAUCAAGGGCCCCAGAGUGUCGGUGGAGGCCCCGGCUGUCGGUUUGGAGGCACCCGGAGGGGCCAUCAAGCUCCCCCAGAUGAAGCUGCCCCAUUUUGGCAUCUCCUCCCCGGGGGCUCAUUUGGACCUUAAUGCCACAGGGCCGGAGCUUAAGGGCUCUGGGCCGGAUGUGCACCUCAGAGGUGUGGACCUGAAAGGGCCCCAGAUCUCGUCCGAGGUGGAUUUUAACUUGGAAGGACCAAAAAUAAAAGGGGGCUUUGGGGCCAGCGGGGACAUCAAGGGUCCUGCCGUGGCAGGGAGUCUUGGCGGCGUCAACAUCAGAGGCUUGGAAGGGGGUAUCCAGUUGCCCAGGUGUGAAGGCGAGCUGCCGGAUGUGAACGUCAAACUCCCGACGGGGAAGCUCUCGGGUCCGGGCGUCGGCCUCCACGGAGCGGCUCCCGACGUGAGCCUCCAGGGUCCCGCGUUCAAGCUCUCAUCGCCCGAGAUCUCGGCAGCAGACUUGGGGGGCAUCGGCUUGAAGGGACCGAAGAUCCAAGGCGGGGUGGAUGUCUCCGGGGGUGUCCGGGCUCCGGAUUUCAGCGUCGGGGGCGGGCACGUGAACAUCAAAGGCAUGGGUGGAGAGUGGAAAGGACCCCAGGUCUCUUCUGCUCUCGAGCUGGCUGGGGGGAUCCAUGUUUCAGGACCAAAGGUAGAAGGAGGCAUUAAGGAAGGCCAGGGGGGGCUGCAGGGCGUUCACUUGGAAGGUGGCUCUGGAAGGGUAACAUUCCCCAAGAUGAAGAUCCCCAAGUUUACCUCCUCAGAACGGGAGCUGGUGGGCAGAGAAGUCGGGGUGGAUGUGAACUUCCCUCGAGUGGAAGGCAGUGUCCAGGCCGGAGCUGGGGAAGGGGAGUGGGAUGAGGCAGACAUUAAACUCAAAAAGUCCAAAAUCAAGAUGCCCAAAUUUACCUUUUCCAAAGCCAAAGGCAAGGGGAGUGCCACGAGUUCCCCCGAGGUCUCCAUCUCCGGCUCCAAGGGAGACCUCAAGAGCUCUAAGGCCAGCCUGGGCUCCCUGGACGGGGAGGCCGAGGCAGAGGCAUCUUCCCCCAAAGGCAAAUUCUCCUUUUUUAAGAGCAAAAAGCCCCGCCACCGGUCGAGCUCCUUCAGUGAUGAGAGAGAGCAUUCUGCCCCGGUCACUCCUACGGGCACGCUCGAAUUUGGAAGUGGGGAAGUGUCCAUCGAGGGUGGGAAGGUCAAAGGAAAGCAUGGCAAACUCAAGUUUGGCACCUUUGGUGGGCUGGGGUCAAAGAGUAAAGGUCACUAUGAGGUCACCGGGAGCGAUGAGGAGACAGGAAAGCUCCAGGGAAGCGGGGUGUCCCUGGCCUCCAAGAAGUCCAGGCUGUCUUCGUCAUCGAGCAAUGACAGCGGGUCGAAGGUGGGCACCCAGCUGCCGGAGAUGGAGCUGACGGUUUCUAAAAAGUGAGAAGGGAAGCCCUUUGUAUGUGUUCACGUGUAUAUAUAUAUAUAAAUAUAUAUUGACGGUAGAUAGGCUUCUGUGUGUUUGUAUAUAAACUUCCAAACAUUGAUUCGAGGUCAAAAUCAGCAAUAAAAAUGGAGGUCGGGCCGACCCGGGGCCGAUCCGGGGCCGAUCCGGGGCCGAUCCGGGUUCGGGGCGGAGAGUCGGGGCUGCGCUGGUAACAACCGCAGUAGCUGGAUUGCUGUCGUCGGGGUCUUUUCCAGGCCGGCCUUUCUGCCAAAUAAGCCUUCUUUGCCUUCCUAAGUUCAGUUUGCUCAUUAAAUGCUGAGAGCAUCUGUUUACUAAGCAAGCCUUGUGUUUAUUAUUUUCAUUUUUACAGAAUCUUUUCAGUGUUGGGGUCGUAGAAAUCUGACGUCCAUUCGAUGCCUUUUUUUUUGGGGGGGGGAUAGGCUUUUAUUUGCAAGGGAUGGGAGGGGGUGGGAGAGGGUGGGGCAAGACUUCUAUUUUGGCCUCCAAGGAUGGCUGAUAUUCCAAAAUUGUCCUGUCUAUCAGACAUACACCAGGAUGGCAGAGAGAAGUUUUUCCCAGGAAAAUUGGUUCUGUUUUGGUUUUUUGGGUGGGGAGGUGGCGAUGGUGCCUUUUAGCACGUCCGUUCUCCCCCCGGCUGGUAGUUGUGACCAGUUUUGGGCGCUCCUGGUGAGAGGGGGCUAGACUGCUUCUCAGCUGUUAGUGACUGACCCACUUGUCUGGGGUUUACAUACUUUGUACUAUAUGAGUUGUUUUUACCAGCGACUGCCACUUUUCCGAUAUUUGUCAUGGAUGCUUUUUAACCAAUGUUACCUGAUUAAGAAUCCAGCACUUUAAUGCCAAAUUAAUUUCGAAUGUAAGAAAAUUCAUGCUGUAAAAUGCAAAUAAAGCCGCUAACAAGUAAUCUGGA